AUGUCAAAAAAUUCCAAAAGUUUUCAAAACUGUGCUGAAUCAGAAGUUCCAGGUUAUAACGAUUGUCCUACGUUUUUAUUCCAAGUAUCGAACAAGAAGAGUUCUUCAUCAGUCAACUUAUCUAGUAGUACCACCACACUUUCGAGUGCAGAUAAUAUUAUUACCACCAAAGUAAGAGAUAUUUCUGGCAACACUAAAUCGGCUGUUUCACCACCACCGUUAAUUACAAAAAGAAAGCUUUCCAGCCAGCUUGAUCCAAAUAAAAAUAAUGAUAGUAAUAAAAUUAACGUAUUGACGAAAGAUGAACUUGAAUCUAGAAUAACGGAAUUACUUGCCAAAGAAUCGAAACUGUCGGAGAAAGAAUUUAUAUUUUACAAAAAUAAAGUAAACAACAAUAUUAAGAAAAGUUUAGAUAAUGUAUCAACUGUAAACACUUUGUCCCAAAUUUUUGGAAGUAUUGAGAAUGAUAGUACUGCUGCAAAGAGGUUGUUGACUCAAUGGAUGGUAUCAGACACCUCUAUAGGGACAUGGUGCCCGGCAUUUAUUAAAAUAGUUGAUAAUAUUGUAUAG